CCCACAGCGGAUACUGACAGAUAGUGGUGCAGAAUUCAAUAAUAAGCUUAACUUGUAUGUUUGUGAUAAAUUGGGAAUAGAACGUAGCUUCACCAGUCCGUACCACCCACAAACCAGUGGCUUGGCUGAAAACGCUAAUAAAUCCAUAAAAAGAGCACUGCGAAAGAUGGUUGAUGACAAUGGGAGUAAUUGGGAUAAAUUACUUGAACCCAUUUUGUUUUCUUUGCCAACUAAAAUACAUGCAACAAAGAAAAUUUCACCUUUCCGACUAAAGUUUUGUGAUGACCCAGUGUUUCCAGAAGAUGUCUUAGAGAAUUACACGAUCUCAGAUCUGAAUAUGUUCGUGGAAAAUUUCUGCAAAGAGUACAGCAUGAAUAUGAAAUCGAGACAUGACGCUGACAUUGCGCUGGCCCUAAGUAACAUUGCUAAAGCACAAGAAAAACAACAAAGACAUUAUGCUAAAAGAAAGACUUCUAAAUAUGGGGAAAUAACAUUUGAAGUUGAGGACUCUGUUCUGUUACUGAAUGCUAGACAGAGAACAAGAAAAGGAGGAGUACUGGAAUCUAAAUAUCGGAGACCACACAAAAUUAUGAGUGUUGAAGGUAAGAGAGUGAAAUUACAAACCAUCUCAGGGAAACAGUUAGGAACCAUGUACAGUAUUGCACACUUAAAACCAGUAAAAGAGCCAACAUUAGCUGCUGAAAGCACAUCAGAGGGAAAAACUGGAACUGAAACUGGAGUUGGUGACACUGAACCAGAAACACCCACGGAAGAGAUUAGAGAAGUGGAUGGCACUGUAUCUCAUGACAGCAAAGUGGAAAACAUAGAGGUCACAGCAAUAGAAAAAGAAGAAUAUAUAGGGCAAGAUGUGUCAAACAAUGAUACAAGUGAUGCUGAUGACAGUUUUGAUGACAUGCUUACAGAGGAAGUGGAAGACAAGCAAUGGGUUCUGAAAGUAAAAUUGGUAAUGACCAGCAAACACACAGAGAGACUGGACGCCAAAGUGAGAAACAUAAAAUUGUAUGGCUCUUCAUUUCAUUGCCUGAAACCGAGAAGCUGGAUAAGUGAUGAGGUUAUUGAUGCAUUUUUGAGCUGUGUAGUUGAGAAAGCAGAUGGAAAGGUACAAGCCAUCUCAUCAGUAGUUUCCACUGUCAUUCUCUCAGGCAGAGCUACACAAGCGAAAGUGAAGAUAGCCUUGAUGAAAAAAAAGGAAUUGUUAAUAAUUGACUUCUUGUGUGAUGAGAUCAGAUAUGAAAGAACAUGCCUGAGUAAUUGGAGGUGAUUUAUUAGAUACUUACUUUCACAGUGGACACUAACUGUUCCAUUGAAAUUGUUUUUAAAGGGAAUGUUACAAUAAUGAGAAUAAUGUCUUCCUAUUAGCUACAAAUAAACAUUGAAACAGCAUGUACUUGUACUGAAUGUGCUUAAUAAUGGACUUUGAGUGAACUUGUGUGAUGUGACUCUGGGGAACGACUUCACAGAAUGUGGACACACACGAAACAGUAGCAUGUUGCAUGAUUGAGAAUGUGUUAUUAUCAACAUGGGGCACAGCAACUCAGGUGACACACUGUGUAAGUGUGAGACAAUAAUAUGAAAACAAGUGUGUCUAUAUGUGAGCAAUAAGUCAUUUCAAUAACUAAGUAAAAAGCGAGAGAAUGGAUUUUUAUCUAUGUCCAGAAACUAGAGUGUGAAAAAAAGGAAAGCAAAGCUCAUUUAUGCAGUCUGCUAAUGUGCUCUCUAAAAAUUUCAGAAACUUCAUCAAACGAUUAACUAGUAAAUCCUCAUCUGAUUGGAACAGUAAAAUUGUGCAGCAUCCCAGACAAAGUGAUGGCCACAAGUGUGGACCACUCAUCUUAAAGUUUGCAGAAACAUAUUUGCAGCACAAAGACAUCAGUAUGGUGGAAACAACACAGAAGGCUAAUACUGCAUUUAGAAGACAUAUAGCAAUUCUUCUAAUGAAGGAGUCAGAAAGCGUGGAGGACUACUGCAUAUACUGCAACCUUAUCGACUGUGAAAAAGAAAGUGAGGAUUGCACGAUGGUCCAGUGUGAUUCUUGCAAGAGGUGGGCACAUAUACCAUGCAUUACAGAAGGAACCAAUCAAGAAAACCUGACAUAUGAGAAGAAAGAGUACAACUGCAAGAAAUGUGCAUAGUUCACUUCAUUA